AUGCUGAGACUGUGUAAUACAGACAUUUUGUCAAACACCUUUGAGUAUCCAUCUGACAAAUCCCCCCUCUCCUUACUUCUUCUCGGGUUCAGCAUGCUGGACAGCAGUAAUCCUCCCCACUGGAGCCAAGAACGUGGAGGAGAACCGCUUCAGCAGAAGGUCUCUCAGUUGCAGCAUCAGCUGGAUGCUGAGCUGGAGGAGAAGAGAGAAGUCUUACUUCAGCUGUCCAGAGUGACAGCUCAAAACGAGGAUCUGAAGCUUGAAGUCACCAACCUGCUUGAGAAACAUAAGCAGGAGGUAGAGAUCCUCCAAAAUAAAGACACAAUUUCCCAAUCUACUGACAGGCCAGCUGAGCCAGCCACUCCCCCGCCUCUGUUCCUUGAGGCCACUCAGAUAGAGCUCUGUGAACCAAAAAAACAAGAAGAAAAGAAACUGUCCCAGUUGUUAAGUGAGUUGCAAAUAUCAUAUGCAGAGACCACACUGGAACUAGAAAAGACCAGAGACAUGCUUAUUCUGCAGCGCAAGAUCAACGUGUGUUAUCAGGAGGAACUGGAUGCAAUGAUGACAAAAGCUGAUAAUGAGAAUCAAGAUCACAAUGAAAAAAUGGAGAGGCUGAAUAGACUCUUAGACCUCAAGAACAAUCGUAUCAAGCAACUGGAAGGUAUUUUAAGAAGCCAUGGCCUCCCACUAUCUGAACAGCUCAAAGAUGUGGCUUAUGGUACCCGACAGAUGUCAUUAUAUCUGGAAACACUGCCAGCCCAUAGAGAUGAGGAUAAAGUGAACAUUUCUCUGUUGCAUCAAAGUGAGAAUCUGUUUGAACUGCACAUUCACCAGGCCUUCCUGACAUCUGCUGCUCUAGCUCAGGCUGAAGACACUCAACCUACCACUUUCUGCACCUAUUCCUUCUAUGAUUUUGAAACCCACUGUACCCCACUAGCUGUGGGGCCACACCCGCUUUAUGACUUCACCUCCCAGUAUGUGGUAGAGACAGAUUCCCUUUUCUUGCACUACCUUCAAGGGGCUUCAGCCCAGCUUGAGCUUCACCAGGCUCUAGCCAGUGAGCACCACACCCUUGCAGCCGGAUGGAUUUGCUUUGACAGGGUGCUGGAGACUGUGGAGAGAGUCCAUGGCUCUGCCACACUUACUGGAGCUGGUGGAGAAGACUUUGGGGUGCUAGAAUACUGGAUGAGGCUGCACUUCCCCAUAAGAUCCAGCCUACAGGCAUGCAAUAAGCGAAAAAAAGCUCAGGCCUACCUGUCAGCCUGGAGGGCCCAGGAGGAUGAGUCCAGAUCAGAGACUUGGAAGCAUCAGAAUGAGCUGCAGGUGGAAAUCACCAGAUGCUGUGGCCUCCAGAGUCGACGGCUGGGAACCCAACCCAGUCCGUAUGCCAUGUACCGUUUUUUCACCUUUCCUGACCACGACACGGCCAUCAUUCCAGCCAGUAACAAUCCCUACUUUAGAGACCAGGCUCAAUUCCCAGUGCUUGUGACUUCUGACCUGGAUCAAUAUCUGAGACGGGAGGCCCUGUCUAUAUACGUUUUUGAUGAUGAAGACGCAGAAUCUGGCUCCUACCUUGGCAAAGUCCAAGUGCCCUUGCUGCCUCUUGCACAAAACAAAUCCAUUAAAGGUGAUUUUAGCCUCACUGAUCCUGCGAGAAAACCCAAUGGAUCUGUUCAGGUACAGCUGGAUUGGAAGUCUUGCUAUCUACCUCCCGAGAGCUUCCUGAAAGCAGAAGCUCAGACUGAUGAGAACGGCGCCAACCGCAGUUCAGAGAUCUCAUCUGAUGAGGACAAGGCUUCCUUUCCUUCUCAGGCUGUUUCUGCUCCUUUUAUUCCGGACCAGGUGGUAUCUGCUGAGAUUCCCAUCGCAGCUGACCAGCAUGCAACUAAGAGAAAACCUCCUUAUGUGGGAGAAAGAAAGGAAAGGGAACACCAGGUUGUAAGCUACUCAAGAAGAAAACACGGCAGAAGAACAGGUAUCCAAGGAAAGAACAGAAUGGAGUAUCUUAGUCGUAACUUCUUAAGUGGAAAUACACUACAGCAGGUGAACUACACUGAAUGGAAAUUCUCAGGGUUUAACAUCUCCAUAGAUGAUUAUUUAAAGAAUCAGAAAAAGGAAGAGGAAAUGACAUCAUUCCCUUCAGCACUGAUACAAAAUGAAGCUCUCCAUCCUGUAAUUGAUAAAGAAUCCUGUGAACGAGCUUCUGAGGUCAGUGAAGCACAAACUACAGACAGUGACGACAUAGUGACAGCCAUAUCUCAGAAAUGUCCGAAGGCAGAUUCAGAGAAGAUGUGCAUUGAAAUUGUCAGCCUGGCCUUCUACUCAGAAGCUGAAGUGAUGUCUGAUGAGAACAUAAAACAGGUGUAUGUGGAGUACAAGUUCCACGAUCUACCCUUGUCGGAGACCGAAACGCCUGUGUCCCUGAGGAAACCGAGGGCAGGAGAAGAGAUCCACUUCCACUUUAGCAAGGUGAUAGACCUGGACCGUCUGGAGCAAAAAGGCCGGAGGCAGUUUCUGUUCGACAUGCUGAAUGGACAAGGUUCUGAGCAAGGACGUUUAAAGUUCACAGUGGUAAGUGAUCCUAUGGAUGAGGAAAAGAAUGAAUGUCAAGAAGUAGGAUAUGCAUACCUGAAACUGUGGCAGAUCAUGGAAUCAGGAAGAGACAUUAUAGAGCAAAAGCUAGACAUUGUUAGCCCUGCAGACCAGGCUACCCCAAUAGGAAGUCUGAAGGUGUCCCUUCAAGCUGUUGCUGCCUUCCAUGCUAUUCACAAGGAGAUGACCGAAGAUUUGUUUUCGUGAUAGAAUAAGGGCUAUUCCAUUCUAAACUCUGUGAGGGAACCAUAG